CAUUUUAUGCGUUUUUAAUUNAGCCAAAAUAUCUUUUUUUUGAAGUUUUUGUAUAUUUUUGAGUCAGAAGCAAGCAAAGUGCAAUAAAUGUAUUAGGGAAAGAGUGGAAAUACGCACAUCAAGCAUUCUUUUUUAUUUUUUAUGUUGAAAAAAUUAAAUUUUUAUCACUAUUUUAAGAUUUCGGUUAACCUACUUUUCUUUGUUUCGGUUACUAGGUUAACCGAAAUCUUAAAAAUACCGGUUAAAAAAUAUCCAACUUGGAUAUAUAUAUAUAUCCUUCCUAUAUGAAAAAUAAAAUUAUACGAAAUUACCUAUGAAAGAAUAUUUUCAAAAUCAAAGACAACAAAGAUCUUUUCUUUUAAAAAAUAAUUAAAAAUUGUGAACAAAUUCAAAUCAAUUUCA